AUGAAGGUGCACGAGACGAGAUCGCAGGCUCACGGUACCGACGAAAGAAAAGUGACGAGGAAGCAGAAAGCCGAGGCCAAGACCGAUGCUGAGCUGUCGCCGAAGAAGGCGAAAAUCGAGGACGAAAACGAAGAAGAAAAUGGGCAGGGGCAGAAUGGUAAAUCCAUAGAAGCGAUCAAAGCCGAGUUCGAAAAGUUCUGCAAAGCCACUAGCGAACAUCUCUCGAUUAAGCAGAUGCGCGAGAUUCUCGAAGCCAACGGCCAGGAUUCGACUCUCUCCGAUGAUGCCGUUGUCCCUAGAUGUCAAGAUAUACUGUUUUACGGGCCGUUAGAUAGUUGUCCGGUGUGCGGCGGCCCGUUGGAGGUUUCUAAUAAUAUGAACUACUCAUGCAAAGGGGUGUAUAGUGAGUGGUCUACUUGCACCUUUACGACCACCGAGCCUCCUAGAAAAGACGAGCCGAUCAAAUUGCCCGAUUCCGUCAAGAGCUCGAAUGUUGCUGACUUGCUUAGAGAGCACCAAGAUGUUAAAUCACGGCCUUCUAGAAAAUCGACCGUUACCGAUAAACCUUUCAAGGGCAUGAUGAUUUCACUUGCGGGCCGUUUAACACGAACACAUCAAUACUGGAAGACAAAGAUAGAGAAACAUGGAGGGAAGGUUGCUAGUUCGAUUAUAGGGGUGACUUGCCUGGUAGUGUCCCCGGCAGAAAGGGAGCGUGGCGGCUCGUCCAAGGUUGUCGAAGCAAUGGAGAAGGGUAUACCGAUAGUAAGAGAAGCUUGGUUAAGCGACAGCAUCGAGAAAAAGAAACCACAGCCUCUCGAUGAAUAUGAUGUCAUCAGUGACAUCACCGUAGCUGGGCGUGACAUCCCUUUGUACCAUCAAGAUCCAACCGAGGAAGCUCUCGAGACCAUAACAGCCGAGCUUAAGGUAUAUGGAAAAAGGGGUGUGCACAAAGAUACUAAACUGCAAGAUGACGGUGGACAAAUACUCGAAAAGGACGGAAUCUUGUACAACUGUGCUUUUACUAGUUCAGACAAGGGUCGUGGAGUUAACGACUUUUGCAUUGUGCAACUUAUUACGGUGCCGGAGAGUAAACUGUACAUGUACUACAAGAGGGGCAAAAUUGGCGAUAGUACCGCAGCAGAGGAGAGGCUCGAUGAAUGGGACAAUGUGGAUAAUGCAAUUAAAGAAUUCGUCAAACAGUUCGAAGGUUUGACCGGAAAUGAAUUCGAGCCGUGGGAGAGAGAGAAGAAAAUCGAGAAGAAGAUGCAAAUGUUCUUCCCUAUCGAUUUGGAUGACGGAGUCGAGAUUAGGCACGGUGGUUUAGGACUUAGACAGCUCGGAGUUGCGGCGGCUCACUGUAAGCUCGAUUCGAAGGUCGCUAAUUUUAUGAAGGUCUUAUGUAGCCAAGAGAUAUAUAGGUAUGCGUUAAUGGAGACGGGAUUGGAUUUUCCGGACCUUCCGUUGGGUAUGGUUACCGAUAUCCAUUUGAAAAGAUGUGAAGAAGUACUCUUGGAAUUUCUUGAUAAGCUGAAGUCGAACAAGGAAACAGGGCAGAAAGCGGAGGCGUUGUGGUCUGAUUUCAGUCAAAGAAUAUUCACGUUGCUUCCUUCGAUAAGGCCUUACGUUUUUCGUGAUUUCCAUGAUAUAGCCGAUCAUGGUGCAGCUGCGUUCGAGACUAUCAGGGAUAUAAACGUGGCUUCGCGUUUAGUGGGAGAUAUGUCUGGUGCGACUCUUGACGAUCCGUUAUUCGAUCGGUACAAGAAAUUGGGGUGCGCCGUAUCUCCGGUGGAGAAAGACACGGAGGAUUUCAAAAUGAUUGCUAAUUAUCUUGAGAAGACAUACGAGCCUGUCAAAGUCGGAGAAAUUAGUUACGGGGUGUCGAUUGAGGAUGUGUUUGCUGUCGAAGUGAGCGCUUGUCCUUCUCUCGACGAAAUCAAGAAGCUUCCGAACAAGACCCUGCUUUGGUGUGGUACUCGGAGUUGUAAUCUGUUGAGGCAUCUGCAGAAGGGGUUCUUACCAGCACCAUGUUCUCUCCCUGUUCCUGGAUACAUGUUUGGAAAAGCAAUUGUUUGCUCAGACGCCGCAGCAGAGGCGGCGAGGUAUGGUUUCACAGCCGUUGAUCGGCCGGAGGGUUUCUUGAUCUUGGCUGUUGCAUCUUUGGGUGAAAACAUAACCGAAUUAACGGGCCCACCAGAGGAUUCGACAGAACUAGAGGAGAAGAAAAACGGGGUGAUAGGGCUAGGCCGAAAGAAAACAGAUGAAACAGAGCAUUUUAUGUGGAAGAACGAUAUCAAGGUGCCUUGUGGUAAGCUAAUCCCUUCUGAGCACAAGGAGCACAAGGAUAGCCCUCUCGAGUACAACGAAUAUGCUGUCUACGAUCCAAAACAGGUUAGUAUAAGGUUUCUGGUGUCGGUGAAAUUCGAGGAGAAGGAUGUUGAAUAUGAUACGGCGGAGUAG